CCUAGAAACAUUAGCAAUGCAUGUACAUUUACAUUAUCCAAAAGAAUAUGACCACUACGGUUCAGUUGGAACAUAUCAACAUUUCCAUUUGAAAGUAUGAUGAGCUAUUUAGAAAAGAAUAAUUUUGGUACAAGAAAUCAUUUAUUAUUAUGCAAUCGAUGUCGCAUUAAGAAAACAUAAAGCUCGAAAAGAGAAUCAAUUACAACGAAAUAAUGCACCAACACUUUGUAUGGAGCAUGAUUGUUUUCAACCACCAGCUGAUAUUCGAAUGAAAUAG